AUGGAACCAUAUAAUGAUUUGAGCCGGGACGAGCUGAUACAGCGUCUUUUGGCGCUGGAAAAGGAGUUCAACGGCUAUGUUGACGAGUCUAAGGAGCUGGAAGAGUUUCUGGAGUCGGAAACCAACCGACUGACCCAACAGGUGACAGAUCUCCAGACACAAAGCGCAAAACUGCAGGACCGUUUGGACGAAGCUCGAAAGGAGAACCAGAGCUAUCUUCACCAGAUCAGCACGCUAGAGGACGAUAAGAAGACACAGAUUGACCAGUUGACUGCCAAAGUGCGAACGCUCGAGCGACAGGUGAUCGAUACGGAGGUGGCCAACGACGGGCUGGAGUCGAAGCUGCGCAUUCUGGAGCUCUCGAAGGGCAACGAGGAUGCACGCACAGGCGAGCUGCUUGAGCGACUGGCCAUUUUGGAAGACGACAACAUCGAAAAAGACCAGCUUCUCAUAAAUACCCAGCAGCGGGUCAAACGACUCGAGACGGAAAACCAGUUUCUUCUGCAGCAGCGCGAAAAGUACGAGAAGAUCAGUAAGCUCAUGACCAUCAACAGAACAGAGCUCAAGGUCUCCAAGUUCCAGACCCCUCCCAUUAACGACUGA